GACCAACGAUCGACGAGCUGGAAGACUUCGUGGGGCUGGCGGAGAAGCUGGGAGAUAAGAACACGGCAGCCAAGUAUCGUGCUCAGCUUGAGGAGUUGCGACGCGGGCCAGAACUCACGGUGCAGGAGAGGGCCCAGCGGACACACGACAGAGUGCAGCAGCUUGAGGAGAUGCUGGCGUCGGAGGUUAACAAGCUCGAGAUGUACCAGGGCUGGGUCAGCGUGCAGUCCAAGUGUGUGCGUGUACUGGAACAGUCCUUGCAGGAGGCUGAUGCGGAGUAUGCGAAGACCGUGUCAGAGUUGGCAACUACCGUGGCAAAGGAAAAUGAGCCAGGCAAUACUGCAGCUGGCAAGCCCGUGGAGGCCAAAGUCUCCUUGGCGGAUGUCGUUGAUGGCACCCAGGACGUGGUUAGCCUCAUCGACUUCGAUGGCUUCUUCAAGGUCGGCGUUGAGUUCGAGGUGUCUGCCGAAGACACCCGCGAGAUCGAGUCGCGGAAGGAGCAGCUCAGGCAGCAGAUGCAGCCGGUCACGCGUGGCCCGUUCAAGUCAGCGAUGGACAAGGUGGACAGCAUCAAGUUGGAGCAUGCCGCGCACCUGACGCGGCUGGGGAGGCUUCAGCUGCUCCUGUGCAAGGGGCGUCAGCUGCCGCGGCAGCAGAUGGCGGCGCCCCCGCGAG